AACGAUCUAUAUAAAGUAUAUAAACACAGAACAACGGUGUCAUGUGACGGAUGUAUAUAUAUGUAUAUAUAGCUGAGCGAUGACAAUAAAAAAGCAGAUCGCGUGUAUAGUAUAUUGAAGUGGCACACGCAACACGAGAGAUAGAUCUUCUCAUACAUCUAUAAACAGUGUACGAGCGGUCGACUGGCCGAGUUCGGGCACGAUGCUCAGCAUCGGCUGUUUUUAUGAUUAACGCUGCGGCCGACGACGCUGCAGCCGCCAAAAGCGUGGCCUUGAGGAACUGAGGGAAGGCGAACUGACGCUGAACUAGAGACAGCAACACAGACGCACCUAGCGAGUGACUGAUUUGCGACGCCGGUCGGGUGGCUGGGUGACUGCGAAGGGUGGCAGUGAGUGACUGAAGUCCCGGUCGAAUUAAACGGCCUUGUCAACGUAGAACAACCGUCAAUAUCAAGAAGGUCUGACAAAGUAACGUAAAGCAAAACAAUGCCAAAUACGUUAUCGUUAUUUUGGGCUUCGGCUUGAUGGGUCGGUCCUUGUUUGUAGUCAGUGUGCCCGAACUUGUGUCCGGGUAGGUGCAUUUCGCUCAGUUAGUUGGAUAUAAAUAGAAUCCAAAUCAAAGUCUAAGUGUUCAAAAGCUUCAUCGUAAAAAGUGUAAUAUUUGCCCGCCGUAAAAAUAUCGGAUUUCGAAAAACCUUCCACUCACGAUAUAUGUCAUACCAAUCGGAAUCUAAUCGUAUCGACAAGAUCACCGCCAUUCGUUCGUAAGGGUUGCUGUUAAAUAUAUGGCGAUGCAACAACAACACGAAAUUAGAAAGGUCGAUACUGCCCCAAUCGCUUCCAGCAUAGCAUCGCUACCAUCGCCAACACCAACAACAGAAAAGAGCCGUCACUAUCACCGCUUUUAGUUGAUCAAUCAGCAACAACCCGCAGCUAGUUUUACCGGCGCUGUUUAUUGCGGCUAUCGCUAACGCUAUCGCGACAACAGUAGCGACCGCAUCGCUGUUGGUGCCAGUUGUUGCAUUGGCUGUUGAAGUGUCCGCAGUAGUAGUUGUUCACAGUCGUGGUAGCAUCAGUUGACGCGGCCGUUGUAGCAAAGCGGCGACGGCGACGGCGACGGCGGCGGCGGCGGCGGCGGCGGCGACGACGACGACGCUUGGUCAAUCGGUCGGUCGGAGCGCGCCGCGAGGCCGAAAGGAGGUCAUUCGCCCCGCUCUCGCUAGCUGACCCACUAACACACAACGGCGGCAACAGCAGAAGCAGCAGCCACAGUCAGCAGGCACUGCCGUCAACGUCGACCACCACUAAUGCUGCUGCUGCUGCUGCUGCUGCAAGCAACAUCGUCAUUACACUACGAAAGAGAUGUGUACAGCAGCACGCCGUGGUAGCAGCAUCAGCAGCAUUUGCAAUAGUAUCAUCGAAACAGCCGCAGCAAUAGACUCAGGCUUAAGCCGGCUGCAAUAUGUGCCCACACAAUUGGCAACAAUGAAUGAAUGACUUGAUAAGGAGUGGUUGUGUGAGCCACAGGAUACAACAGCAGGAACGUCCGCACCAGGAACACAAUCAAAAAACCGAAGGGUCGGACAGCCAGCCAGCCAAGUAAUCAACAGCUACGGUGGCCGUGUUACCUGCAUCUCCACCUACCUCAACGAAUACAUACCCACCGAGCGGUGGAUAGCUGAACCGACUGCUGCUGCGAACUGCAAGGAUCGACCGCCACUGCGACCAACGAUAACGUCAAGCCGUAGGAACCAGCCAGGUUAAAUUGGUCCUGACAUAAAUUACUACGAUUCUCACCAAGAUUGACAGUAGUCGAACGUACGGCCCGUGUUUGUUCACUCGUUCGUCACUAGCCGCUAAGACGACAGCAGUCAGCCGCCGCGAUUGUACCGCGUACGUGCCGAACGACUCUUCCCGUGACUGGAACAUCGGCUUGUUCGGUGGCUAUCACAAGUGUCAUUGGUGUCGUUAUGGUGCAGGCUGACAAAAUGGGACGACACCAGACCAACUGGCAAGAAACCGAACUCGCUAAACAACCCAGUGACCUGCCUGGCCACUAGCUCAGUUCAAGAAUAUGUGGGGGUGUUUAGAAACGUCUACUUGAGUUGACCCGUUGUUGUUUUUAUUGCUGUUGUUUGCAUGUAUAGUGCGUGCAUGAGAGUGGAUAUUUAUUAUCAACUGAUGCGAAAAGGGAAGUGAUUCGUAUCUUCUAGUGCUACAAUCCGUCCCUCGAAGUGCUCAAAUACACACAAGUCAGAGUGAGCCUGUUCCUGUAUGACGGCAGCUGUUGCUUUUUUUCACCCCCGCGCCACGCUCCCCCAUCUGUGUUUUAUCAGUGAUAAUUUUCACAGCUGUGACGCGAGCUGAACGGGUUACCCGUCCGGCUUUCUAUACGGGGUAUUUCUAUUCCAGUAAAGCGUUUGUACACAUGGUCAGGAUUACUAAAUUGAAACCGUGCAGCUAUUUUGAGUGAUUCUAGCUCUACUUAUUUGUUCAUGCUGUCGUGUCAACUGGUUAGGAUAUGGUGGAGGUAAAGGUGUACUUGUAAUAUAUAUAUGUCAUGCUAUUCCGAAGAAUAAACUCAUUAAGAAAUCCCCGUUCGUCUCGUAGGUACCUAAUUGUGCAAAUAAUUAUCACAUCUCCUACAAACACCAACCGCUUCAAUUCUAUCCACAAAUGAACGUCGGCUACAAACAACUGACAUUGUGAAAAGUGACCUUUUUCUACCUAUCAAGGCCGCGUCUACGAUAGAUGGGAUUGGUAGUGAUAAAAACGGGUGCUUUCUCUCUAUAGCCUUGGCUUACCAUGUCCAGGGAUCAGCUGUUUCCGCCGCUUACAAAACGAGCACUCACCAAUUAGUCCCACGGUUCGCGUCGAUUUUCUAGCAAUAAGUUUAACUGCUACCCGUGGUCCUGUUGCUGCGGUAACUGUUGCUGAUGGAUCGGCCGCGAUGGCAAGGACGGAUGAUUUCUCAAGCAUUCCCUACCAGAUGAUAGGCCCAAGUCUGAGGCUCUUUAUUUGUCCUCGCUCCUCGCCAUUGGGGUGUUAGCCUCCUGAAUGACGACCGAGCAUCGAUGUUCGCAUAAAUGGUUCGCACGAAAAUCUCAUUUAAAAUUUCUCACGUAUAACUAUCAUAUAACAACAAAAAAAGAUCAGGGAAGAUCCACAGCGCUACACAGGCGUCGUCAAUCGGCGAUGUGCCUUUGUUACCGCGCCGGCCAAUCCAAGCGGUAUUCUCGCAAGGAUUGCCGGUCAGGUAGCGUCCACACUGUAGCCAGAGUACGCCAGCCCACUGCUACCGUACCCGCCACUGGAAACAUAGCCUCAGGCAGUUAUCACAGCUUUGUUGAUCUAAUAGACUAUUGCAAUAAAGACAACGGGCAUCGGGACACCGGAUACAGCCACGAGGUUUUAGUUGCACAUCAAUAACAGCAGCAACAAGGACAACAACAAUAACCAAACUGAACUGGUACGCAUAUUCCGUAAAGUUCACCGCGAGCUCAACUAAAAUCAGCAUCCUCGUUAGCAGCAAUAUCUGCAACAAAAAUAAGCAGAGGAAUCCUAACAUAAGAGUAAUAGGAACAAUGAGUCGGUUAUCACUUCCCAUGGAAUGAUAAUUCUGAUUAAUGUGAUGGCAUUGUGAUGUGAUUAUAUCAAUGUGCGUUCUUACCCUCACUGUGAUUUCAUAGCUCUAUAUACGUCGUUUCUUCUAAGCCAGGAGACAAUAAGGGAAAAUCAGAAGACGAACACGAAGGGACGAACAUAAUACACCAGAAAAUAACAGAAAGAAUUGCAAGUAUAGCAGCCACCGUAUGAAGUAAAGAUACUCCUUCAGUCACCUCAAACAACUUGACACGAUACAAUGUAUAAAAAGGAUCGGCCAAAAGUGCCAGUAACAGCGCUACUGCAGGGAGCCGGAGUCGCAACGAUGGGAUCCGUCACGGCGUUGGGUCCCGGAGGCGUAAUUUGUCCUUUACCCGUCUCGUCACCAUCUGCACUAAGUGCUCCCACCUCACCGGAAGCAUCGCAAACCAGUUGGACAAGUGGCCAAGCUGUACCCGGCGGUGGCGUCCCCCUUCAGGCGAUUUCUGCGACGCGCCAAGUUGGCGUCGGCGUGGGCGUGGGUGUGGGCGUGGGUGCACCUGGCGCCUCAUCCUCUCCUCCUGCGCAGCUCACCUCAGCAAAUCCCAAUUCCCAGCAGUUAAACAACAGUUCCACAAGCGUCCAGCCGAACAAUACGAGUUUUACUUUUAUCAGCCAACCAGCAACGCCAACGGGCAGCGGAGGGGUCGCCCUUUCACCUGGGGGUUCCGGUCCGACGCCGCCACCCGCAAUGAGCGGCGCCAUCACACCCACGACGCCCACAGGAACACCUAGCAACUCUAAUUAUCCUCCAAACCAUCCCCUGUCUAAUUCCAAGCAUCUCUGCUCAAUCUGCGGGGAUAGGGCAUCUGGCAAGCACUAUGGCGUCUACAGUUGUGAAGGAUGUAAAGGUUUCUUCAAGAGGACCGUUCGUAAAGAUCUAACGUAUGCGUGUCGCGAAGAGCGACGAUGUUUGAUCGACAAGCGACAAAGGAAUCGCUGCCAGUACUGUCGCUAUCAGAAAUGCCUCCAAUGUGGUAUGAAACGCGAAGCGGUUCAAGAAGAACGCCAACGAAAGGAUCGAUCCGAAAGCAACAACAACAACGACAUGAUAGACGCCCAUCAGGUGAAUGGGGUGGGAGGCGGCGGCGGCGGCGGCGGCGGUGGCGGUGGCGGCGGCGGUGGCGGAGGCAACAUUGCGACCAAUGUUAGUGGUGGAGGCGUUAACCGCUCACCGCACGUGGUCAACGCGCUUUACCAACAACAGGCCGCAGUAUUGGAGAUGAUGCCGAUCGAACGUAUUACCGAUGCUGAACUGCGGGUCGACCAAAGACCGAACGAGGUCGAAUUGCAUCUGCUAACGUCGCAGGAUCCAGUGACGUCAAUGAACACGGCUGCUGAUCGCCAAAUCCACCAAUUGGUAGCAUGGGCCCGAAUGAUACCACAUUUCACACAGUUACCCCCUCAAGAGCAAGCAACGUUGCUGAAGUGCGGCUGGAACGAAUUGCUCAUAGCGGGAUUCUCUCAUAAAUCGAUACAUGUCAAGGAUGGAAUCGUGUUGGCCACCGGGCUUGUUGUACAGCGAGAUAGUGCCCAUCAGGCGGGCGUGGGACUGAUUUUUGACAGAGUACUUGCCGAACUAGUAACGAAGAUGCGUGAUAUGAAGAUGGAUAAGACGGAACUGGGCUGUCUUCGCGCGAUUAUUCUGUACAACCCAGAAGCGCGAGGUUUAAAAGACCGACAUCUUGUCCAGCAAUUUCGGGAGGGCGUCUAUAUCGCACUUGAGGAGUAUACCCGAAUGACCUAUCCAGAUCAGCCUAGCCGUUUCCCAAAGCUGUUGUUACGGCUACCAGCCUUACGUUCGAUUGGACUGAAGUGCGUCGACCACUUAUUCUUUCUUAAACCCCGCGACGAGACCACCAUCGAUUUGUUUCUACAGCAGAUGCUCGAGAGUAUCGAUCUCUAAUUCUGACAGUUGGCGGUUGACUUGCCCAAGUAGAAAACAGGCCGUCUUCAUUAGAAGAAAAAGACGCUUGAAUGAACGCUACCAUUUCACCGUUCGACGCGCAGCUGAGACAUACAGUUUGUAGAUGACAUGAACAGCAAAACGAAUACCUGAUUGUAUGCUAAUCGAAUGGGUCGGCGAACGACACCGCCAAAACGUACCCCAGCACAAAUUCAGCCGCUGUUUUAGCGUUAUAAUCAGUAGCAUGCCGCUAGCUUGAUGCUGAGUCGUUGAGAAUACGAUCUACCCCGUUCGUUUUAUGGACAGCCUCCGAUCACCCGCUAACUGCUCACACAAGUCAUUUCGAUUCCCGCUUGUUUUAUUUACGAUUUAUGAAAAGGUUCCGAAAUUCGCACAUAAGGCAUAUCGAAGUAUGAGUCUGACCUGAAAGUAAAUCUUUCGUAAAGACAAGCGCUUGCGUCAAAUAUAGCAUAAAAACAUGACUAGGUGACCGUGUCGGUGAAAGUGGUAAACAUAGCUGGUGAAUACAGAAGCUAGCUUAAUUACUGGACCGGCUGGGAUUUAUUCGACCCGGCUUGUUCAAUCGCAACAACCUCGUCGUCAUUAAAAAUAUGAAGAGACAAUUCUAUAAUUGUCUGUUUAUUAUCACCUAAUUUCCUGCCCCCUUCCUGUCCUUGUCUUUCGAUGAGUGCUUUCCUUCUUGAUGUCCAAUCAGUGAGGAUCUCUCGCACUGUUACUCAGAUGGCAGCAACUUAGCAUAACACAGUUUCCAUACCACAUCAAUUUUAUGUGGCGAAGUGCACUUGUUUCUCGUUUGAGGGUGAUGUUUCCCGACUACUUGAUUAUGAUACAAGCAGGCCAGAAGUUUUGUUGUGUGUCAGAAUAAUCAUAGCAGAAAAUAGAGAAAAGACGUACAGAUUUAAGGCAAAAUUCGUUUUAAAAAUCGAACUACAUUUGGACGCCAUAGCAGCACGCUGAAAGUGCACUACGCCGCUGCCUGUCAAUUACCAUGUGUCAUUCACCAUAUAUCUCGUCCAGUACCCCUAUAGCAUGUCCCAAGCAUCCUCAUUAACCAGUCUUGGGAUAACGCAGAAUGACAAUAUGGAUGUUAUUUAUAGAAAAAUAAAUUAUUAAAACAAUAAUCCUCAAAGUGUUCUAUCGCUGCUCUAGCUAAUCCAGCAGAGUAACAUUAGAAAAUACAAGACACGAAAGAAUGACCCCCUCGCCCGCGAUACAUACGUAUAUAUAAAACGUGCGACAUAUGUCUGCGUCAGAAGGAGAUAGAACCACGUCUCCGACGGCCUAUAGCCGGUAAAAUCCGGCUUGCUCAGCGUGGUUGUAUACAAUAGGUCUGAGGCCGGCUAGCUUUUGCGGUCAAGUCCGAUCCAGAGUUAACGAGAAGUAAGUAGAUGACAAACAAGGCAAAAUAAAAAAGAAUCUUUACUGUUCUUCAUUGAAGCGACGCAAAGUGAGGAAAAAACGCACUCAAUUUUGCAUUACCAAUGCGUUCACAAUGAUUGACCUCCGCUACUACAUAUUUAGAUGAUACGACAAUCAGUAUAUACAUCAUUCAUUUGAUAACGUCAAAAACAAUUGUAUUGGUGAAUCAACCCUAACAAUACCACAUAACACAGUUCGUGGACGUUCUAAAGGUUUUGCGGAAGUUAGCCUAAUUGCCCAGAGAAAAAUCGGUGACUUAAAGAUGCCCAUGACUACCGGAGGUCCUUUCCCUCUCAUCUGUUGCGGCGGCCUCGAGUGAUUUGCAAUGUGACCUUAUGUUAUGAAGGAACAAUUAUGAUAACAUGUGUAAGUAAGCAGACCAAGUAACUAGGUAUGAACGCAGACAAAGGAAAACACGCAGCUAGAUAGAUGGAAAGUAAAUAUCAAAAAGAUAUAAAACAAAAGGUAAUGUGCCGUUGUUCAAUAGCAGGCGGUGGGCAAAUCGUUGGUCGAUAGAACGUCAAUUGGUGGUGCGAUUUCAAUCCGCGUCGUCCGCGACCUAAUAGAGCUGAGCCGUUCAAACUCCGAAAGCCUUGUUUCGUCUUGAAACCCGACAAAAAUCCCCGUCCCCGAGGUCCUCAGGCGCCUGUUUGAGCCAGUCGUAUCACUGAAUGGCGGGUGACGUGCCGUUGGUUCUUUGUACUUUUUUGCGGGUCACGGCGCCCGAUCUGAGUAGGAAUCAUCAAAAUGCAGAAGUGGUAAAGAUGGCGUGAUCUAAAUGGCGUAAUUAUAAUGAUAUUAUUAUGAACAUUAUGAUGUAAUAGUAACGAGUUAACGAAAGAAAAAGCGUUGCACACAGAAGGACACUGGAGUGAAGGUAGCAGAAUAAAUAGAGCAACAGUGGAUGCAUGCGCCCGUCAAUAUGUGACGAUAACAACAUUGUAUACAGUGACAAAAAGCAGCAUAAUAGAAUCAUUACUAAGAUCCAUGGAUGAUGGCUAUAAUUGAUUUUAUGGUUAUUUUUUAUUAUUCUAUUGCGCACCACUUUUUCGAGUGUAAUUAUAUUAUCAAUAGAAUCACGAUACUUUUGGUUCUGAUCCCAUUAUAAAUAAGUGACAUUGCGAUCAUUAUGAGUAUUGUUAUAGGACAGUAACGAUUAUGACAAUGGCUAUAAUGCUUGGCAUCUGUAUAUAUAAAAACGAGCACAAAGCGGAAGAGUAGAUAAAAUAAAUUCAACACUUUGUUUGGCAAUGCUGUAUCCCUGGACCGAUAGCAGAAACAAAAAUCGAAGCGAAAAGAGUGAUUCACUGGUGGGUGAAAACGAAAACACGAUAAUAACACCAUCUACAUAGCGAAAUCGAACGGCAUACGUGUCGAUGCCUGUGAGAAGGAAGAACGAAAGUGUAAUGUUUACAUUCUACAAUGGUCAUUAAAAGUAAUGCCAAUUAGACCAAAAUGUGUCUUUGUUCGUCACACAGGUAGGUAGAGUAAGGUCUAACAAUUUUAAGAGGCAUUAAGCGUGCUGACCCAAGCUUUUUACAUAGCUUUUGGGAACCUAUAUAAAAGGCAAUUUUAAGUAUAGUAAAUAAGCCUGAUGGGCACUUAUUUUUUCAUUUUUAAGUAUGCCCGCUACUGAAGAGUCCAAAGAGGUAGAAGAAGGUGCUAGGGACUUUGUCGCACACCCUAUUGACCUUUAACUAAUCAUUGUAUACUAUAUUUUCGGCAGUGUGUGCCGCUGACUGAUCAACCUUUGGUGCAGAUUCUGGCGAUAGCCUGUACGCAGGAAUAUUUACAUAACGCAUCUACUAAAAUAAAUGUUUGUCUAGAUAAGACUCGUUCAUUGCAAUUGCAAAAAAUGAAAUCCUACAACCCUCAUAAUUCAGGCUGGCCCAAGAGGAUCGUAAUGAGUUAUGGCACAGGUGGUCGUAAUUAGAUUAGACCGAUAUAUACGUUCUUUCAUCAACUUAUCGAUACGGGGAUCCUUGCACCCAUAAUGUAUAUUUUUUUAGGUUGUCAUAGAGAGCGUUUAAAAAAAUAUUGCGUUCAACUCCUCUACAGUUGGGACACGUAUCUUCUUUUGUCGAUAACUUUGCCUCUACUUUGCAUUAUUUGCGACCUACCUACAAAUUUUCCUUUGAAAAAAUGGGGAAAAAACGCACUAGGGUUAAACUUUAUUAACCCUGGCAAGCUACAACCCGCUUCAACUCGGAACGCCAUAGCUCUGCUAUUUUUUGCUGCUGCGAGCACAACAUCAAUCGUCACAGCCAGUCGUUUUACCAGCACACAGAAUUAAUCAUUUUUGCUCGGAAAAUGAUUACAUCCAACUCAACGUACCCACCAGUUCCGCCAACGACAGAUAUAACACGACCAUAGUAUGUGAUUAAUCAGAAAACGUCAAACUAUGCAAAUAAUCAGAUGUAAUAAUGACGUGAGGUCUCGAGCAAAGGUCCUAUACAUCUUUGGGGUCAUAUUCAAGCCUCAUUUUCGGCCCUGUUUCGUCCGUUUGACAAUUGUCGGAAGUCUUUAAACUUAUAAAACAGACUGCUCAUAAAGGUUUAGUUGUUUUCUAAUGAUGACCCAUAGACACAUUUUAAUAGUCACACUUCAGUAGACUCAGUUUAAACACAGUCAUUUCGUGCCUUCGUAUGGGUCACAUCGGCACUAACUACUAAUGAACUUUCGUUUUACUCCGUUUUGGCAUUAAUAUAGGGGGCCGUAGCGGAUACUAUACACCAGGGAUGUGCGACACGUGCUAGAUGAGAUGACGCCAUCUACCAUUUCUUCCCGCACAACUCCGCUUUCACACGGUGGUGCCCCGUGCGUAGGCGUACGCGGCAGCGUGCGAAGUCGGGGGACAAAGAGAGAGAGAGAGAGAGAGAGAGAGAGAGAGAGUCGAAGUGGAUGAUUGAAGUAACGCUGAGCCGCACGUACCGGGACGGCAUAACGGCGUGUGGUACUGGCGACGAAGAUCGUGGAAGACUAGUCCCUCCCCACCGGCCUAACUAGCAAUGCCUGCUGACAAUGUUAGCUGCCGACGACGGCUGUAACCUUCCGUUUCAUGAAAGUCACCAGGCGGCGCAGCAAUCGCGUUUUGUGCCAAUCAGCGAAAUUGCGUCGCGUUCGUCCUCUUACAGGAGCUGCUGCUGCUUCCGCCUAAGUCAGUCGGCCAGUCUGCCUGCGACUAUCGCUACGGGGGUUGCGGCAGUAUGGCAGAAACGGCCCGCACAGCUACCCCAUGGCAGUGGCCUGUAGCAGCGCCUCAUAGCAGACCCGCGGACCCCCCGAAAGCCGUGGCUCCAUCGUCGCACAGCCGUCAAGCCCGGCCUCGACCCUCCAUAGCCAAGCAGCCCAGCAAGCCCAAUUGCAGAACGGUGCAAUGCGGACACUUCCAAGGCGCGUUUGGAGUGAGUCUCGCCGUCCAGUUUCUACCAGAGACGUUGACGUGUACUCUUUAUAAGGAGCAGCGCAGCACAGGAGUUCCCUCCUGCUAACCAACCAACAAACCCCCCUUCGCGAGCGCCCUAUCUCAACCGUACAUUCACCGCUCCCGACUGUGAACAUCUCUCCCUCACGGUACACUGAGAAACUGCUACUGCUGGCGCAGCCACCGUUGUCACCGUUAGUUGCCAGGACGCUAACAAUGUUAAUGACGUCCUUGCGUAAGUCGAGGAGGUUACGUUGUGUUUUCUAGAAUCAAUAAGUAAUCAUUGACGCUUAGCUGAUUGCAUUUUUUAAUGGGCCACUGCAAGUGCAGCCGACGCUGCUGGACGCUGCAUUGGCUAACAUUGAAGGAAAAAAGUUAGCACGGGUGAUAUUUAUAAUAGUGUGUUUGCACUGGGCUUUGCUAAGGCUUUCAUUACAUUAUUUUGCUAUUGUUUUUAUCGUGUUCGUGUAACGCCGGUAAUGACAAAAGAAAUCAGCUAGAAUCGUUGUCAUUAAAGGUGUUAAAAUUGAUUUACUGUUAUGUACACUAUACAGCAGCGUGUUCACUAAACGGAUGGCUUAACAUGUUUAUAAUUUCUUUUUGCUAAUUAUCCAAUGAAAACUGAUCGCGAUGCUUCGUUGGCCAUACACGCUUGUUAUUAUUAUUAGAAAACUUUGAUAAUCUGUUACUCCAGGUCACAUAUGAGCGCAUGUAUUUGAAGUGUUUUAUGGACACUUAACGUAUUUGCCCAUCGUGUUACGCGAGACUAAACGUGCACAUUCUUACCCGUUUGAGUCCCUAUUAUCUACGAUUCACUUAACAAAUGCCAUGUAUGUAAGGUGCUAUGAACUAGACCAAUGAGUGUACACCAUAGGCAACUGUAAUUAAGGUUUCAGGGAGUGUCAGGAAUUGCUCUGACGGCCAAAUAAAGCAGACAGAACAGUUCCUAGCUGGUGUCAUAGUAUAACCUGCCUCAUCCAAAAGAUGCAGCUUUCGUUCUACCAUGAUACAACGAUGGUUUCAUGAAAAUAAACCUAUGACAAGGAAUGAGCUAAAGUGAAAAGGUUAGGAAACUGAAUAUAGCAAGAGCCGUUGCAGCUAACUUAUUAUGAGGAUUAAUAACAAAAAAAUAGCAAAACUAACACACUCUAUAGGAAAUAAAUUAACUCAUCCCCUAAGAGCAGACGUUUGUAGCAUUUCACUCAACAUACAUCCACCCACAUUCAACCUAACAACCAUAACAACAGAUAUAAUUAAAAAAAUUCAGUGCAGUUUUCUUGCAUUUCUUCCAUCGAUUCACCUAAGCAACGUGCAUAUACACCUGUAUUUACUGUAAUUAACAAGCUUUAGUAUCCGUUAUUAUCGAUCAUGAUGGUUCUUGUGCGCUAGAUUUUUAUUCUAUCAUUAUGUUUGAUGAGCGCCAAUCGUAAUGGAUCGUGCGGCUGCAGUCGAGCUUGCCAGUCCCGGGCAUGUAUCGGGCACGAGCAGUAUGAACAUCGAGAUAAAAUUAAACAGGGCGCAAAAUAGAAAGCUACAGACAGUAUGUGGCGAUCGUGAGCCACCGAGCGGAGCUGGAGCUUCAGCCUAGUGAACUGGAAAAGCAAACUCACCCAAAGAGGAAAACAGGACAGGGGGACUCUAGGGGUGAAAUUGGGGGUGACAGUGAGUUGAGGUGAGGGAACGGACCGUGGCAUGAACGGGCGGUCGGCAGAAUAAAGAAUACUCGCACGCCAAUUGGGUGAUCGCUCUUGUGAUAGGGGCAGCUGGCAUACUUGUACAGAGAGGGGUUUGAGAGUGGGGUCUAGAAGACUGGAAGUCGCCUCAGGGAGCUGGCCGCUCGAGGGUAACGAUGAGGGGGAAGUGACUCUGCCUGUAUCGUUUUCUGCCCUUGCCAGCGGCCGUUUAGGUCAGCAAUGCUGCCGCUUACUGUUGCUGGAGGUACUAUGUGUGUAGCUUCUAAGCGACUUUUGGGGAAUAAGUCGAAAAGGCGGGAGUAUGGUCUAAAGGGGUAUGGGAGUUGUCCGUGAGUGGCUGCUUGUGGCGUUGGCGUUUGUAGUGGCUGCUGCUGGGCGCUGCCUUGGCAGCCAAACUCACAAUUUGCCAAAUGGAGUUGGAAUGGUUGGCCCAUAACAGCAGAAUGGGGGCAACAACCUGCUCUUCUAGGUGGAACGUGAAGAGCGGGUUAGGGGUGUUGGAUGUAAGGGUGACGCGGCAGAACUUGGGACACGCGCUGCGCUCCGCGAGUUGCUGCGGCGCCUACUUUAGUCAUUGCUUCUAGUGCCGCCGCUGAGCGCCGAAUGCUGGACGCCGGCAACCGUAGAGUUCACGACGUUCGCCGACGCUGCUGCUGCUGCUUGCAGCGUUGCGGCUGAAAAAAAACGAACAGUUUUUACGACGACUCGGAAAGAGUCCUCUAUGCGCCCUUUAUGGGAUGGCAGACCAGAGCGGCCACCACUUUUCUUGCUCAACACGACAACGAUGACGAUGUGACUGACUGCUGAAAGUUGCUGACUGGGAGAGAUCUAUACCAUGGGGGGUUAGAGGCUUUUAGAGAGAGAGAGCUGUUAGAGGCUUACGGCUUGGGUCUGGGUUAGUUAGAUGGCGAGGGAUUGAACCGGCGCGGCCGAAGCGAGGCAUCGCCGCACUGGCAGUGCCAUUGGAGUGCUAGACGGCGAACCAAGAAAACUGGCCGAGCUGACUGGCCCGCCGGCCCCCGGCGCUCGCAACAUCAAAAGGUGGUGCCUGGUCAAUUUGAAUGAUUACCCUAUUUCUUUCUAUCUGUCUAUUUCCUGGGCCUUUAUAUCACACAAGCUUCUCCAUUCUCGCUGUUCCGUCCGAGAUUCACUUUUACAGUGACUGGUUAUUAAUGGACCGUUAACACAAACAGACACCUACAAACUCUGUCGAAGCACAUUAUACGACUACGUUUAUGCUAAACAAUUUGCUGAUACCGCAAACAUGUAAAAUAAAAAAAAGUUUUUUAGGUAUGUUAAUGUGUAUUCUAUUUUGUUGGUGUAUAUAGGUUUAUAUGCUAAUACUUUUACGUAAAGGGACAUUAAUUGCCGGAAUGAGUACUAUUAUCAGUCAACGGAAUCCAAUCAAAUAUUUAUAAAUGAUGUGUACUGAUCUGUGGGAAAGUGAAUAGAAACUAAUAGUGUUCUGAAUUUAUUAAGGCAUAAUACUGAAUUAAUACGAAGCAAUUGUAGUCGCGUAACCAAGUACAAUUGUGAUCAAGAUAAAUUAAAGAAGCUCAGCAACAGCGGAAUACCGACCUGCGUUCUGACAUUUACAUUCUCUGCCAAAGGUGAAUAUUGAACGAGAGAUCCUUUAAGGCCCGUUUUUUGACGCUCCACAUCAGGGCAGACAACACGGGAAUAUGGAGAAAUUUUAAUUCCUAGAGCAGUAGGCAUUUCAAGGUAUUGUAAAGUAAAUUAUAGUAGAUUGUAAAAAAAAAAUUUACCAAAAAUGCAUCCGGUAGCCAAAAUGUGGUAGACAUUUCAUAAAUUGUACUUAUAUACUUACAGAAGUGUUUAGUAGAAUAUUAUAAAAAUCAGGCUUUUUAUUGACAAAGAAUAAACUAUUAUAUCUACUCUGUUUGAAUUCAUUUGUCUGAAAGGCAACGCAAGCCGUACGUCAGAUAAACUAAA